UUCUGGAUGUAAAUAUGCGGCUUGGUGCGGCGCUGGGAAACACAACCACUGGAAAGAUGUAAACCAAGUAACCGGCAGAAACCAGGUUCAGCGAAGACACUAAACCUUCCCUCCAGGGAAACCGUACCUCUGGUCCAAUAAACGGAACUACAUCAACAGGUAGCUCGUCGGCUCGCUACCUCCGAAGUCAGCGGAGCGCCUGCCUCUAGCAGCCAUCUUUUGUGAGAGAAUGUACGGGGCGACGCGGCGGGCCUGCUCGGGCUCUGGUCGGGACCGGAGCUUGCUGAUGCUGACCACCGCGCUCCUUCUCUCGGUUAUCGGGCUGCUGUCCGGCUUGCCUGGCUUCACCGAGGCCAAGGAGUGCGAUAAGCCGUGUAUGAACGGCCAGUGUAACACCGCCACUGGCGAAUGUGUAUGUUUCCCCGGCUGGGUUGGGGACCAAUGCCAGCACUGCGGAGGGCGAUUCAGACUGACGGGGCCCUCUGGUUAUCUGACUGACGGUCCAGGAAACUACAAAUACAAGACCAAGUGCACCUGGCUCAUUGAGGGACAGCCCAACACCAUUCUGCGAUUACGGUUCAACCACUUUGCUACUGAAUGCAGCUGGGACCACCUCUACGUGUACGAUGGCGACUCCAUCUAUGCGCCCCUUCUGGCGGCUUUCAGCGGUCUGAUUGUUCCUGAGCGAUAUGGGAAUGAGACCGUCCCGGAGGUGGUGUCUCAAUCUGGCUACGCGCUGUUGCACUUCUUCAGCGAUGCUGCCUACAACCUGACCGGCUUCAACAUUUCCUACCGAGUGAACACCUGUCCUAACAACUGCUCUGGCCACGGAGAGUGUCAUGUGGGGAACUCCACUUCUUCUGUGUACUGCGAGUGCGAAGAUUACUGGAAGGGGGAAGCCUGUGACAUCCCGUACUGCCUGGCUGACUGCGGGGAACCUGAAAGAGGCAGUUGCAAGGGCAAGACCUGCGUCUGUACGGCUGGGUGGCAAGGUCCUGACUGCUCCGUCUCGGUUCCUGCCAAUUCCUCUUUUUGGAGCCGAGAGGAGUACACUGAGGCCGGGCUGGCCAGGGCUUCCCACAAGGCUGUAGUUGAGCAGGGCGUCAUGUGGGUCAUCGGAGGCUACGUCUUUAACGCCUCCGACUAUCACAUGGUCAAAGCGUAUAACGUCAGCAGCAAGACAUGGAUGAGCCUCGACCCCUCCGUCAACACUGUCACACCACGAUACGGCCACUCGCUAGCCCAGCACGAGGGUAAGAUCUACAUGUAUGGCGGAAAGAUCGAUGCUACAGGAAAUGUCUCCAGCCAGCUGUGGGUUUUCCACAUCCAGAAUCAGACCUGGGUCCUUUUAAGCCCCAGGGCCAAGGAGCAGUACGCCGUGGUGGGACACUCUGCCCACAUUGUUCCUCCUGUCCACGACGGGGACGGUCCCGUCAUGCUAGUUCUGUUCGGGCACUGUCCUCUGUACGGUUACAUCAGCCAGGUGCAAGAGUACAACAUUGCCAAGAACACAUGGAGCAUCGUGUCUACAGAUGGUGCCCUGGUCCAGGGGGGCUAUGGCCACAGCAGUGUGUUUGACCCCAGCACCAGAGCCAUCUACAUCCACGGAGGCUACAAAGCCUUCAGCGCCAACAAGUAUGGCCUAGCAGGAGACCUUUACAAGUUUGAUGUGGGCAAGAGGAAAUGGACCAUUCUGAGAGACAGCGGCUUCUUCCGGUACCUCCACACAGCAGUGAUGGUUAGUGGGAUGAUGCUGGUGUUUGGUGGAAAUACCCACAACGACACCUCCAUGAGCCACGGCGCCAAGUGCUUCUCAUCGGACUUCUUGGCCUACAAUUUAGCAUGUGAUGAGUGGACAGUGUUACCUCGACCGGACCUGUACCACGAUGUCAACCGCUUCGGACACUCUGCAGUCUUCAGUGAUGGUGUUAUGUACGUGUUUGGUGGCUUUAACAGUCUACUGCUCAGCGAUGUCCUCACGUACACCUCGCCCAGCUGCUCAGCCUUUUCCAGCCCGACGUCCUGCAGCCAGGCCUGGCCAGGAAUUCACUGCAUGUGGAACGCCACCCAGGAGGCCUGUCUGCCUUGGGAAAGCGACGUUAUCGGCACUGAACAGCAGCAGCAGCCCUCCUGCAACACGAGAUCAUACGGUGAUGCUGAGAGAUGUGACCAGUAUACCGACUGUUACAGCUGCACUGCCAACACCAACGGCUGCCAGUGGUGUUCGAGCCAAUGCGUGUCUCUCGGAAGUAACUGCACCUCUGCAUCGGGGGCCAUAGCCGAGUAUGAAGUUUGCCCCAAGGACAACCCGUCGUACGUGUGCAACAAGAAAACAAGCUGCAAGAGCUGUGCUGUGGACCAAAACUGUCAGUGGGAUUCUCGCAACCAAGAGUGCAUCUCGCUGCCAGAGAACGUGUGUGGUGAAAGCUGGCACCUGGUGGGCAACUCUUGUCUGAAAUUCAUCACGACCAAGGACUCGUACGAUAACGCCAAACUGACCUGCAGGAACCACAACGCCGUCCUGGCUUCUCUGACCACGCAAAAGAAGGUGGACUUUGUCCUGAAGGAGCUGCAAAUAAUGAGCGUGGUGUACAAGGCCACUGUGACGCCGUGGGUAGGGCUCAGGAAAAUCAACGUGUCCUACUGGUGCUGGGAGGACAUGUCGCCGUUCACCAACACCACCCUGCAAUGGCUGCCGGGUGAGCCAAGCGACGCCGGAUUUUGCGGCUACCUGGCCGAGCCGGCAGCCACCGGACUGAAAGCUCAAACCUGCAUAAGCCCGGUGAAUGGCAGCCUGUGCGAACGACCAGCCAACCACAGUGCCAAGCAGUGCCGGACACCCUGCGCCAUGAGAACCACCUGCAGCGAAUGCACCAGCAGCAGCAGCUCAGAGUGCAUGUGGUGCAGCAACAUGAAGCAGUGCGUCGACUCCAACGCCUAUGUAGCCUCCUUCCCCUUUGGCCAGUGUAUGGAGUGGUACACCAUGAACACUUGUCCACCGGAGAACUGUUCUGGAUACAGAACGUGCGGGCAGUGUCUGGAUCAGCCGGGCUGCGGUUGGUGCACUGACCCCAGUAACACGGGCAAAGGUCAGUGCAUCGAGGGUUCCUACCGCGGACCCUUCCAGACCUCUGUCCCGGCCCCUUCCACCCUUCCUGGUCUGCCCGCCAAUCCUCAGCCAGCCCUCAACGCCAGCAUGUGCCCGAGCGAAUCAAAUUACAACUGGUCCUUCAUUCACUGCCCAGCUUGUCAGUGUAAUGGUCACAGCCAGUGUGUCAACGAAAGCAUCUGUGAGAAGUGCGAGGACCUGACAACCGGCCGACACUGCGAGAGCUGCAUCUCCGGCUUCUACGGAGAUCCGACCAACGGGGGCAGCUGCCAGCCCUGCAAGUGUAAUGGCCACGCAAGCAUGUGCAACCCUAACAAUGGCAAGUGCUUCUGUACCACCAAGGGCAUCAAAGGAGACAGAUGCCACCUGUGUGAAGUCGAGAACCGCUACCAAGGCAACCCCCUCAAAGGAACAUGCUAUUACACGCUCCUCAUCGACUACCAGUUCACCUUCAGCCUGUCGCAGGAAGACGACCGCUACUACACGGCCAUCAACUUUGUGGCCACACCUGAGGAGCCAAACCGAGAUCUAGACAUGUUCAUAAAUGCCUCCAAGAACUUCAAUCUGAAUGUAACCUGGGCCACCAGCUUCACCGCGGGCACCCAGGCCGGAGAGGAGAUCCCCAUCGUCUCUCGGAGCAACAUUAAAGAGUUCAAAGAAAGCUUUUCCAAUGAGAACUUUGAUUUCCGAAACAGCCCCAACAUUACUUUCUUCGUCUACGUCAGUAACUUCACGUGGCCCAUCAAGAUCCAAAUUGCCUUCUCCCAGCACAGUAACUUCAUGGAUCUGGUGCAGUUCUUCGUCACGUUCUUCAGCUGCUUCCUGUCCCUGCUCCUGGUGGCCGCCGUAGUUUGGAAGAUCAAACAGAGCUGCUGGGCGUCACGGCGGCGAGAGUCGCCUGGACCUCAACAUUAUUGAGGGAGUGUGGGAUCAUCUUGACAGUGAAUGGAACAAAUGACAGCCAACAUCCAAGGAGGAGCUUUGACUGUCGUUCAAGAAGCCUGGAGAACUACUCUAUUGCUGAAGACUGCUUAAAGAAAUUAUAAACACAGCUCAACACGGCCUGAAAGAGUUCAGGCUGUGUUGAGAAUAAAAGUGGUCAUAAGAAAUGUUGAUUUUCAAGCUUGUUAGAAUUAUACAGAAUAUAUUUUUGCUUUCUAGCUGCAAGCAUUUACCAUUUACUAGCAAAAAAUAGAAAUGAGGGGUGGUCAGAGGUUUUGUACAAUUCUGCAUAUGUUUAAUCACUAGAAUAUUGAUUUUGGCUGGAAAAUAAUCACUUCUGAGUUAAUGUUGUACCUUGAGAUUGUUUGCUUUGUCCUACUAACUUACAAGAAAUCUAACCAAUAACUGUUUAGCCAUUGCACCUUGCUUAGUAAAUGAUUAGUAAUAACUGACAUGCAUCUUGUAAACGGAAUUGUUGGUGACCAGCUGAUGAAUAAUUGUUUCAGUACUUGCAGGUCUUACACUCACCCUAGUGCCUGUUGCUUUACUCAGUUGUGCCUUUGGAAUGAAAUUCCCUCUGUGUGCUUGAGAUAAUUCAUUUGCAGCUGAGAAAAUACGCACACGUACAUGACUGGUCAUGUGCACGUAUCUCCAACCUGUCUGCAUCCAUGCCUGUGCGUGCCCACCUCUGUGCACUCAUCCUAUAACUAGGUUUAUAUAUGCAUAGUUUGCUCUGCCAUAGUCAGAUAUUGCUCCCAUCCACACACACACGCUAACUGCCCUGCAGAAAACUAAGAGCCAAUUUAAGAAGUAAGCGACUUGCACUGUAACUCCUCUGGCGUCUGGUUAUCUUUGGAGUGCUGAGUGUUUGCUGUACAGCGGCUGCCUACUCGCAGCACAUAAUAAGAUUUCAGCAAAUUAUUUCUUCUAUAGGACUCCUUCCUGGGUGGUUAUUCUACAUAUUCUGCUUUCUGCUUAACCUGAUUAUAGGUUAGAGAGGGGGGCAUGGGACAAAAAAACAAUCAAAAAAACCCCAACAAAAAAAAGGGGAAACUCUUCAGAGGUCAGAGAAAAUAGAUUUAGGUGGAGGACCAAAAUGAAUAAUUUUUAAAAAAUGUAUCAAAUGUAAUUAGAUUCAGUUUUAUUUAUAUAGCUCCAAAUCCCAACAAUAGUUGCCUAAUAGUUACCUUAUAUUGUAAUAACUUAAAUAGAGAGACUAAUCGAGAGAAAACUCCUAGCUAUGAGCAAACACAUAGCAACAGUGGGAGGGAAAAACCUUUUAACAAGAAGAAUCCUCUGGCAGAACCAGACUAAGGGAGCAGUGGAAGAUGACACAAAAGACACGAUUUGGAAGAACAAAAUUAUGCCAAUAGUCCAUUAAGGGUCUGUAUAAAAUGACAGUACUACUUUUUGGUCAUCAUUUGAGCUUGGUGACAGUAAUGAAGUCAUAGAAUCACAAUUCUUGCAGUUCACAGAUCAAGUCUUUGUUAGUCAUUAGCAAAACAAGUGCAAAUACAAAGCAAAGUAGUGAAGACUGAAUAUUACUUUCAUCAUGUCAAAACAUAAUUAAAGCUCAUUCAUUUAAAAGAUUUAAAAAAAAAAAACCCUGAAUAUUUCAGAUGAUGAAUUGGUGAAUACUUUUGUUUUGACAAAAACUGGUCAUACAAACUGCCCUCUUAAACCCUAACUAAGCUUUAAUAGUCUGUUUCUAAAGGAUUUUUUUUUUAUUCUAAUUUCCAACAAAAUGUGUUUUAAAUCUGGACUGAAUAAACUUGUAGAAGUCUGAUUGUCCUUGAACAUGAGCCUUUUGUCCCUGCUGUCAUUCUCAAAUUUAGAUAAAAAACCUUUGAGUUGCAGCAGCUCAUUGCUCAGUAGUGAGGGCCAUAAAUUGUGCAUAGUUCCCAGGGGUACAAUAGAAAAUUCUAAUUGUGAAUAUAAUAAUAAAACCACAUAAUUUGAGCUAAAUGUGAAUUUUUAAACAAAGGUUACCUGCAUCUUAGACAUGAGACCAGGGUGUUUGCAGGUAGGUUGAGGGAGGUGGACUGAAUCUAUAAAGUUUGUUUACCGCAACAUUCAGAUGCUCCUCCAUCUGCUUUUUAUCCAGUAAAUCAAUUCUGCUGCUUUGUGCUGUUCAAGGUGUGCUGUGCUUAUGAAAAAGGAUGUUGUCUGCAUGCAGAUUCUCACUUUCUCUGCAUGCUGUUUACUACGCAGAUCCAGACUAUGAUGUUGCUGCCUGGUUCAGCCAGUUGCAUCAGUAUGAAUGAUGUUGAUUCAGAAUGCAGAACUACUUCAAGUGUGAGAGCAGGGGGGUAUUACAUUUUUAACUUGGCCAUGUUUGAUUAGCUUUAAGUAGUUGAUGCGCACUCAUUAGCCACUCUCUUAGGCACACCUUGCUAGUACCAUGCUAGAACCCUUUUGCCUUCAGAACUCCCUUCAUGCUUCAUGGCACAGAUUCAACAAAUUACUGGGAACAUUCCUCAGAGAUUUUGGUCCAUAUUCACAUGAUGGCAUCAUAUAUUUACUGCAGAUUUGUCAGCUGCAUAUCCAUGAUUCGCCAUAUCCUGAAGGUGUUCUUACCUCACACAAUCUGCUUCAAGGUUUCUCUUGUUGUGCGUUCAGGGAUGCUGGUCUGCAUAACUCUGUUAUAUCCAGUGGUUAUUUGAGUUACUGCUGCCUUCUUAUCAGCUUUAAGCAGUCUGACCAUUCUCCCUUGACUUCUUGUAUCAACAAGGCAUUCUAACUGCCGCUCACUAGAUAUUUUCUUUUUUUGGACCUUACUCUACAAACCCUAAAGAUGGUGGUGUGGGGAAAAUCCCAGCAGAUCAGCACUUUCUGAAAUAUUUGGAGUGGCCUGUGUUGCACCAACAACCACGCCACGUUCAAAGUCACUUUUAUCAUCUUUCUUCCUUGUUCUGAUGCCCGAUUUGAACGUCUUAACCAUGUCUACAGUGUAUGCCUAAAUGUUGUGAGUCAAUGCCGUGUGACUGGUUUAUUAGACAUUUGCGUUAACAAGAAUAAAUAAAGUGGCCAGUGAGUGUAUAGUAUGGCUGCAACUAACAAUUAUUGUGAUAGUUGACUGAUCAAUGAUACGAGUGUAUUGCAGUUACAAAAUCACAUCUUCGUGGUUUUGGAAUACGACACUGUGGACCCCACACAGCGUUCAGGUGACUGUUUUUCAUUUUUGUUUCACACACAGAAGUGUUUCUUUGUGGUUUGGCAACAAGGUCUUUUCCAGGCAGUCAGCUUUGCAGCUGCACACUCUCAUCUCAGGUCACUAAAAGGAAGGAGACCUCGUUAGCACAAUCAUCUCCACCUGCCCCAUCAACCUGCUCUGCCCCUUGAGCCCGCUGCAGCACCCCUCCACUUCAGCAGAGCCAGAGACCACACCCUUGUCACAGACUCAUUGACAAAUUUUUAUGAUCAAAAUCAUUGAUUAUGACUCUAGUGUAUAAUAUAAUAGAUUUUUUUUUCUACUUGUGGGAUUUGCUGAGGUUUGAUGACACAAGGAGCUCUGGUUUCUCCCACCAUUAACAGAACACUGUUGGAUAAUGCUUUCUAUGUUAGCCAGAAGACACUCUCACUAAAGAGUUUCUUAAUCUCAAAAACAACAAUCGCAAAAAAAAACCCCAACAAAAAAACACACCUGGCCGGACUUAUGCAGCUGUCAGGAAAUACCUCUAAAUCAAAAUACACUUAUAGGCUAAACUCAGGUUUUCUACACAGGACAAAGUAGUUGUUGUAUUUGUUUAUUUUCCUGCGCUGCACAGUUUUACAUCUAUCGCAAACUGAGAUGUCCACAGUGAAUAUAAUCCAGGUCUGAUAAAAAGCGGUCAGGAGCUGAAGCGAGUAUUGCCUUCAGCUGUUUUGUUGUCAUUCCUUGCGAGUAUAUUUAAUACCUGCAGCUUCAUACUGAAGCAGGAUGAGUCUCCAAACACAACAGCAGAAGUGAUUUUAAUAUUCCCUUUUUUACAAAUAAAUUAUCCCCAGCAUGGGGACAGGAUAAAUGAGAAUCUAAUAGAAAAUUAUAAUUUUUCUCUUUUUUUUAACAUCUUAGACAGAU